GUUUUGAAUCCCUAUGGUAACUCUUUUACUGCGACCCUGAAAAUCGCCAGUCAAAGACAGUGUCCUCGAGUUGCUGGGUGCGAUUAUCCGAUAACGUUCUGGUUGCCAUGUCAACCGUGACAUGUUCCAGUUGGUCGAAAUCAGUGACGGUAUCCAAACAUACAGCAACCGAAAAGUUUCAAUACUGCAAGCACUAUUGCGCUUAAAUGCCUGGACUCCAAUAUCACAACCAGCCAAAUGGUAACAGACAGCUCUAUUUGCACAAACGUCUUUCGCGACUGUUUGAUCGGUGGUGCUAGAUUCUUUCUAUCCAUCUCCCGAACAAUAUACAUGGACAACUAAGAAAACGCCUUUCGUCGACAAAUGGUCGUUGGCACGGGAGAUACUAGGUGCGGUACAUACCGCAAGUGUUAGAACCUCCUUGUGGUUUGCGCGCCUACAACUAUACAAAGCGAGAAAAAAACCCAUAGCAGAAUGGCUCUUGAACCGCCUGGGCUUCCAUCGCGCUUUCCAUGUUGGUGUCGAGCUGUGUACUCUUGGGGCGGAGAGUCAAAACGAGACCUAGGGUUUAUAGAAGGAGACCUCAUAGAAUGCCUCAAUGCAGGGGACGGAUCAUGGUGGAUGGGGAGGCUGCGGCGAGACAAGCGCGUGAUGGGGCUUUUCCCAUCAAACUUCGUACAAGUUCUGGACGACAGCUUUCAGCCAGCAAGUAGAGCUACAAGCCCUAUGCCAGAUCGAUCCCCAAGCCCAAACCCAUACAACCCACAAGCGCCAAAGGCAGCCAAGGAGAAACCAUUUAGAAAGCCGUUCCAAGCAUAUGCAGCUCCCGAUUUAGCAGCUCAAAAAAGAGCUGAACUGAAAAAACAAGAAAGCAUAAGCAUAGCAAAGCCGAAGCCCUCACCUUCAAAAUCGAUCCAUGGCAGGAUCGGUUAUGUGCCCUCACCGAAACAAAUCGGAGGCUAUGGCGCACGAGCAUCACCUCAAAACCCUCAACCUACGCAGGAAUCCCGUUAUCGGGCCCCAUCACCCUACGCGCAACCUACACAUGAACCUUAUUCUCGGGCCCCAUCGCCAUAUGCGCAACCUGCGCACCAGUCCUACUCUCGGGCUCCAUCACCAUGCCCACCAAUGACUUACCAAGAACCCCCGCGCCAAACAUCCCCCUAUGCGCCACCUACCUAUGAAACCCACCCUCGAGGCCCUUCACCUCGCCCGCAAUCUGCUUAUCAAGCAUACUCGCGGCAACCUUCACCUUGCCCACCAGCUGAUCCUUACGACAAUUAUAGAGCGCCUUCACCUUUCCCAGAUAAUUCAUAUCAGCCAAAUCAGUCGGAAAUGCCGUCGAAUUCGAACCGCCCAAGAAGAGACUCUUCUCCGCCUCCGCUGCCUCCGCCGCAUAGGCACACAUAUGCUCCUCAUACAACUGACAGCGAGCCGUAUCAGAAUCAAUCGAAUAACUAUCAUACCCCACGUGCGACAAGCCCCUGCCCUCCUUCUCCUGGCGCGACUGGUCUUACGCCAUCGCCCCUCAGGAAUGCAAUGGAUGAUGUCAUGUCGUCUUUAGAAGGUAUGGGACUUUCGAGAGAAACUGAGACACCGGAGCCACCUUUAGAUCCAUGGUCACCGGAAGCCUUUGAUGAGACAUAUUCAAGAGCCUCCAGGCGAAACGGAGCUCACAGGCCAGCAACAUCUAUGGACGAUUAUAGCGCAAAUCAACAAUUUGAUGGGCAAUUCCAAGAUCCUCAACUACAAGACAAUGAAGCCCCGCAGCUUAGCAAUUACGUGCAACGAAUGGAGAGUAGGCUCAGGCAACGCCACCCCCGGAACUCAGACGAGAGUAGUGUAAAUUCAAGUAUGCGACCUCCAACAGUUCCGCCGAAGUUCUCGUCAGUGAGCCGGCCGCAAUCUUCUAUGGCUGAUCUUGCUCAAUUUCAGGACAGGCCAAAAUCUUCUAUGGCGGGAGCGUUUGGUGAGCAUCAGACAUUACGGCACAAAGCUUCAUCUUUCGGAACUCAGGAAGCCAGAAAAUUGCGACACCGGAAAUCUGCAUACGAGGUUGGGAAACAAAUGCUGGGAAGGACCUUCACAGCAAAUUCUACAUCGACAAACUCAUCCUCUGGGGUUCAAAGCACAACAACAAACGAAAGCGCAAGCACUCAACUAACAGACAGGAGUAUUAUGAGCGGCCACUCUGCUGGUGCAUUUAGCGCCACUAGUGCUGGGAGUCUUGCUAGAAAGAAAGACUCUUUUCACGUAAGAACUAGAAGUGCACUCGGAAUGCGAGGCAAUGAUUUUGCGGCCAUUCAAAACGGUUUCGAGCAAGAGAGCCGGUCUCAGACUCCCAUUAGCGGAGUUACUUACCACAGCAGUCAUGCAUCGGGGCCUCCAAGGGCACAAUCACAAAUGGGGUAUAAUGCCGACUCUUCCGGCGCACUUGGAGGACUUAUGGCCCCAAAGCCCAAGAAAAGCGGCUUCUUUAAGAAGAUAAUCGAGUCUGCAAAAACCGGCGCAGCAAGUACUCGGAAGACCAUUGUUACGGGAGAAGCUUCUCGUCCACUGUCGUCACGGAGUAUUCUGCCAAACGGUGUUACUGCCAUUGCUGGAGGGCUGGGCAGCGACCAAGGAAGCAAUGGCCAAGACAGGGACGGUUCAGGUGCCGACUGGGUCCAGGUCCGCCGGGAUGUAAAUCGAUCCAAUUCUCUCAGCCGUAUUGAGCGCCUGGAGAGAAAAGAACGGUGUCAGAUGAUGGACUAUGCUGCUAUAAGCCCCGUUGACGAACUUUACGAUACAACUCAGGGCGAUGAAGCCGGGGAUGGAACGGCAGUGAUGGAGCCAACAAACUAUCAAACUGUCAAUUUAAGUUUGGUCGACAAGAACUCAAGAUUCAUCGGCAACUUACCGCAAACGAUGAACCCAAGCAGCCUCGCCACCGGCUAUAUCUGUAGGCCAUACAGAAGCGAUGUGCAGCGACUUAGAGCUAUCUUUACCUGGGUUGCUGAAAAGAUUUCAUGGGAAGAAGAUUUCGAUGGGGAUGACCCUGUUAACUCGAGGAGAGUAAUCCAGUCGAAACGAGGCAGCCCAGAGGAAGUAUCGGUUUUGGUCAUGGAAAUGUGUUCUGCUGUUGGCAUUCACUGUGAAGUUGUCCGUGGUUACCUGAAGUCUCCAGGAGAAGCAUCGGAGGUUGGGCUUGUUCCCAGAUCCAAUCACUGGUGGAACACAGUACUCGUUGACAACGAAUGGCGAAUGAUGGACUGUUCUCUUGCAAGCUCGACGAAUCCACUCCGGAGCCUUUACUCCAGCACAGGACCAACAUUUGCGGAAUCCUGGUACUUCCUUGCCCGCCCAAUGGAGAUCUGCUGGACUCAUGUCCCAGAGCAUCAUCAGCAUCAACAUCUCUCUCCACCUGUCGCCCACGAUGUCUUACUGGCACUUCCCUGUGCCUGUCCUCCAUUCUUCAAGAACGACAUGCAGAUGCAAGAUUUCAAUACGUCUCUACUCAGGCUAGAAAAUCUCGAGCUUGCUCAGGUCAGGUUCACUGUUCCAGCAGAUGUAGAGUGCGUUGCAGAAGUCGAAACUCGCGCCUUCAAGCGCGAUAUCGAUGGUGACGUUUUCGAAUCUGGCGAGAUUGUUAAGAAGCGUGCAUUAGCACAGGCGGAAUGGGUUAGGGGUACCAAGCAGUAUACUAUCAAGGCCCUUCUCCCAGGCGAUGAGGGGUCCGGCAACCUCAAGAUCUAUGCGGGCAAGAGAGGCCUUAUGCACAGCAUAAAGGAUAUCCCUCAUCCGAUUGCUCUUUCUCUACCAAUCAAUCACACUGGAAGCAAUCCAGCUUACGAAUUCUUGGUCCGACAUCCCACGCCACAUGCUCAACGCCACGAUUUAUAUGUUGCGCAACCGCAAUGCCAACUGCUUGCUAUAAACAAUACCUUCGUAUUUGCGAUCCGCCAACACCCGUCGUCUAUCGUGGCUAUCCAAGGGACUAUGUCGCCAGUUCCAUACUCUCGACCCGAGAGCGCAAUGAGCCUGACCGCCUCGUCAGCUUCUGGUUCGAACCCAAGCACAUAUGCUUCAAAGAAGCCAGCCAAACUGGCUAUCCAGUCGCCAAGCGGGAAGGUAUUGAGACUCAUGAGAAAAGAAGAUUGUGGUGGCGGUGUGGGAACUGGAGGUUCGACUGAAAUAGGGGAUGGUGGUGUCUGGGAGACCAUUAUUAAGUGUGGGGAGAAAGGCGUUUGGAGGGGAUUGGUACUUGCGGAUAGAAGUGCGCGUUGGUGCGUUUUUGCUGAGUGGACUUGUGCUUGAUGAAAUUUUUAGGCUUCAUGGUAGGUUUGGGCACAUCUUUAAAACGGCUGGGUGGGGGGGCAUUUGGAGUUUGAAGUAUUGCAUUUUGGGAUGGUUAGAGUGUGUUGUAUAAUAGACGUCUGUUUGGCACAAUUAGUGCCUACUGAAUAUGAAGAGGACAAUAAGAAUUCUACGUUCGAGAAC